GUUCACCCGGCAGCCAGUGAAGCUCCGCCCACACGCGGCCCAGUCACUCAUUUACCAGCACUAAAUAUUCUAAGCUAAGUUAAUGCGUGAGAGGACAUAUAAAAAGAGAGCCAUCCCUCUGCCAUGACUGACAGUUGGACCUUUUUGGUACCUGAAUACGCCAAGAGGAGCUCACCGUAACCACAACACAACUUCACCCGACUGACAAUUAUGGCGACCUCUGUCGAAGUUAAAGACAAACGACGGACUGGAAACAAGCGUUUCGUCAGUGGCGUGGUCGAAGGAUUUUAUGGGCGGCCAUGGACUAUGGAGCAAAGAACAGAGCUUUUUAAAAGGGAACAAAAAUGGGGUUUAAACACGUAUCUGUACGCCCCUAAAGAUGACUACAAACACCGGAUGUACUGGCGAGAUCUUUACUGCCCCGAGGAGGCAGGACAACUCAUUGCCCUAAUAUCAGCAGCAAAGCAACACAACAUUGACUUCAUCUAUGCAAUCUCUCCUGGCCUGGACAUUACUUUCUCCAACCGCAAAGAAGUUACUGCGCUUAAGAGGAAACUAGAUCAGGUCAGAGACUUUGGCUGCAGCUCUUUCUCGUUACUGUUUGAUGACAUCGAGACAGAGAUGUGUCCCGCUGACAAGCAAGCCUUCAGCUCUUUCGCCCACGCGCAGGUGGCCAUCACCAACGAAGUGUACCAGCAUUUGGGAGAACCAGAGACCUUCCUCUUCUGUCCUACAGAUUACUGUGCUGCUUUCUGCACCCCGAAUGUAUCACAGUCUUCUUACCUGCACACUGUGGGAGACACGCUGCUACCAGGAAUAGAUGUGCUGUGGACAGGUCCAAAGGUGGUGUCCCAUAAAAUCUCAGUAAAGUCCAUAGAAGAGGUGUCUUCCGUCCUCAAGAGGGCGCCAGUCAUCUGGGACAAUAUCCACGCCAAUGACUAUGACCCACAAAGAAUUUUCAUGGGACCCUUUAAGGAUCGUCCGGCUGAGCUGAUCCCUAAACUGCGAGGCGUGCUCACUAAUCCCAACUGUGAGUUUCAUCCAAACUUUGUUGCCAUCCAUACUUUGGCUACAUGGUGCAAGGCUUGUUCUAACGGAGCACCAAGAGAUGUGGAAAUGGGCGAUGAAGAGCAGGACCCCUACUAUAGCCCCCAAAAGGCCCUGAUCUUGGCCCUCACUGAUUGGUUGCAGGUGUUUUUGAGCACAGACCAGCCUACAGCUUGUUCCAAGAAGGAGUCCUGUGAUGAGGAGCCCAUGCAGACAGACCUGGGAGAAGGUUCACAUGUUCCUGAACCAGGAGAGAACCCUUUAUACACAGCAGAACCUUUGACCCUGGAGGACCUGAAGCUACUGUCUGACCUCUUCUACCUGCCCUAUGAGCACGGCUCCACAGCCAGGACCAUGCUGCAACAGCUGGACUGGCUCAAAAGACACAGUCAGACGGCCAAGACGGCUGAGUGGUGUUCAAAAGCGCAACACUUUGACGACAUGUGUGAAGCGGUGGUGCGGAUGUUCAACCGGCUGUCUAACGCUCCUAACCGCAGCAUCCUGUAUGACCUCUACAAUUACAUCUGUGACAUCAAGAGUGGCGUCGACAUGGCUCAGGCCUACAUUAAAUCUCUGGGAGGUUUAGGGAAACCAUCAGCCCAGCUCAUGAGUGGAGAUCUUGAGCCGUGGCGCUUCAGAGGAGGACUUUCUGGGGAGUUUCAGAGAAUGUUGCCAGGACAUGGAAACCGCGAUCUGUUCAAACAUCCUCCCAAGACUGCAGUGUUCUGCAUACGGCCGUACUGCCCAGAGGAUCAGAUGGAAGUACAGAAGAUUUUCAUGACGAUGCAAAGAGAACGUCAAAUCCAAGUUCCCUCAUUGACACAGCCCCGUCUUAUUAGUGAUAUGAUGUCCACUGGGGACAUUUCCCCAACUCCUCAGUGUGCUCUUGUCCUGGAGGAUGAGCUGGGUGUGUGUGGCUACAUGCUGGCACUCACUGACACCAAAGCAGCUGCAGCCAUUCAGGGGGACAUGAAUCAUUCUGCGUUUGAGGACUUCCCCUCGCUGGUCACAGGACAAGUGCUGCCAAGGGUCAGCGACCCCUCGCCAGCUAAGCGUAUGAUUGAACAGCUGCUGUCCGCCAUCAAGAGCUGCGGCUCCAGAGGCGUGUUCUGUGAGCUGAGACACAGCGAGCGCAGGAUGCUCGACUUCUACGCCAAACUGGGAUCCUUUAACCCCAUCAAGAUGGCCGGUCUGCCUCAAGACGUCAUCGCCAUGGGAACAAGUCUGUAAACUCACUCAAAAUGACCUCCAUUUAAUUUUGAAAUAACAAAAAGUGUCAUUUUGCAACAAUCAUCACUUGCAAAUUACUACUUAAUGACUUACAAAAACAAAUUUUUAGAAGAUCAAUAAAGACAUUAAUAAAUUAA